AUGGAAUUGAAUCAGAUUUUCGAAAAGAAGGAGCAAAUUUCGCAAUACCUGAGCAACCUGGUCGAACUUCACGAAAAAGCGUUGUCUGACGUGGGUUCUGCUUCCCAAGUGACAAGUAUUCGGAAAGAUAUCACUAUUUGCCUUAAUGAUUUAUGCAGAAUCAACAGUUUCCUAGUAUCUCAUGAUGGCCUUUUGAGGACAGAAAUUGGAUCUUUACUUCGAGAUAAAGAGGAGUUAAUAGAUUUGAACGAAAAAGAGCAAGUCCUUUGGAAAGAACGAGAAUCGUGGCAUAUUGGAGAAGGAGUUGAUACUGCGCAAGUUGUUGACUACGUUAUUGACAAGGACGCCAUUAUCACCAUUUCAUCGCUCCACCGGACAUCAUUGAACAAGUAUAUAGAGUCUGUAGGAGCAGAGAACACAGUUCUAUCAAAUUCUGAUGAUUUGGAUCCAAUAGUCGAAGAAGCAGAAGACACAGAGUCUUCUGCAAAUCAAAUGAUAUAUAAUUACAAACUAUUACAGCUAUCCCACAGACAAGCUAAGUCAGAGAUAAUAAAGCUGGAAUCUCUCUUAAGAGACUUCAAAAAAGACGACAAAUUUAUUGAAGAUGAAUUGAAAAGACAAUCUGGGCGAAUACGUUCUGAAAUGGGCUGUAUCGAUUUACAUUUAUCGAAAAUUGAAGAAUCGAAAGUUCAGUUAAUGAAAAGAAUAGGAUUUGAGUCUCCCCUGACUCAGGAAAAAUCGUUAUCAGAAAAACUAUUCAAUCUGAGAUUAUCAGGGACUGAUAAAAAUUACAGUGAAAGGGAAACUAUUAAUAAGAAAAAUUUCGUUCACAUGAAGGACCUCAUAGAGUUGAAAAUUGAUGAUCUACAAGAACAGCUAACAAAAAAUAAAAACGAGUCUUCUGCACUAACAACACAGUGUGAAUUAUGGUUAGAUUGUCAAAGAAAAGUGGGAGACCUGGAGAACGAAUUAAUAACCAAACUCCGGAGUGGCAACAACUCCAAAAUGGCGCCCAAUGAAAUAACUGAUAUGAUUAGAUCUACAAUACAAUAUCUCAAUAAUCUUCUUGAUUCUUCCGAUGAGAAGCUCACAACGACUUUAAUUUCCAACGAAAGAGACGUACUUUUGAAAGCUUGUGAUGAACUGAAUACAAAUAAUGAAACUACUCAAGGUGAUUCAAGUGCAAUGCCUUCUAAGCCAAUCGAUAUACACAAAAGCCAUAAGAACUCAAAUGCAGGCUCUGGUCUAAAGCGGACUUCAACCCCUCCAUUUUUGGUUGCAAGUAAAUCACCACCCAAGAUUGGAAUUUCUGAAAGUAUAAUAAAUGCUAAUAAAAAUGACGUCAUAUCAAAAAAGGUUGAUUGA